AUGACAAAAUACAUAAAAGAAAGAAAAAAAUACAGAAUAAAUGAUCCUUACGAUGAAAAAGAAAAAAUAGCCAUAUCUCAAAAAAAACAUAAAGAAAAAGAGAAAACACAAGAAACUAAGAAACAUGAUGACACGAACAAAAGUAAUAAUAAUGUUGUAAACUCUUCUGAAAAUUUUAUAAAAAUAUAUAAAAACAUUUUAAAACAAAAUUACCACGUAGAAAAAUUUAAACAUAAAGAAAAAGAGAAAACACAAGAAACUAAGAAACAUGAUGACACGAACAAAAGUAAUAAUAAUGUUGUAAACUCUUCUGAAAAUUUUAUAAAAAUAUAUAAAAACAUUUUAAAACAAAAUUACCACGUAGAAAAAUUUAAAAAACAAAAUGAAAAUAUAGAAGAAAGUAAAAAAAAAGCAACAAGUAGGAAAAAAAUUAAAAAACUAAAUUUUAAAUUGAAAAAAAAUAAUCUUAUUGAAAAAGUAAUAAAAAAAAAAGCUUUUCUAGAAGCUAAAAAUACAGUGUUUCCAUCUUUAAAAAAAUGUAAUACAGUUCCUAAUAUUUCUAUCAAUCAAAAUAUAUCACAAAAUGAACCUAAUAAUAAUAAAAAGGAUAAAAAUAUAAAAAUUAAUUCUAAUAAUUACAUGAAAAACCCUAUUCAAUUUGUAAAAAAUAUGAUUCAACAGCAACAAAAAAAAUAG